AUGCGUCAAUCUUGGCCUUCUUUGUUGCUCUCAACUCUGUGGACUCUGCUGCUUCUGGUUAACCUGGGGUCUGCAAAAAACGAUGGCCGCCAUCAUGUAAAGGAAUUCACGCUAAACAUCACUUCGAUCCAACACAACCCAGACUGCUCAAAUUAUACCGGUAAUGUUCUCGCUCUCAAUGGCCUCAUACCUGGUCCUCCAAUCAUUGUCACAAAGGGCGACCGUGUCCAGGUUACGGUCUUCAACAACCUCACUCCACACACCCCAUCAGAAAAUGUCACCGCAGAAGAGGACAUGACCAGUCACGCCUCGAUUCACUUUCACGGCAUCCGUCAAUAUGGAUCUACCGAAGCAGACGGCGUUCCAUUCCUAACCCAGAUCCCAAUAGCCCCAGGUGGAUUCUACGUCUACGAUUUCAAGGUAACCAACCAGGCCGGAACAUAUCUCUACCAUGCCCACGUCGGAAUGCAGGAGAUGUCUGUCUAUGGUGCAGUAGUCGUCUAUGAAUCCGAAGAGGCCGAUCCAGCACAGCGCGCCAAACUUCUCCUCUCAGAAUCCGAAUCUACAAAACAGCAUAACCAACUCAAGGCGUACGGAUCUUCGUACGACGAUGAACGGACGAUCGUCCUCAGCGAGUGGUGGCACAGAGACCGCGUCGAAUUCGAGCAAUAUCUACUCGGCCCUACCUUCAAUGGCAUCUGGGAAGCCGAAUCGAUCCUGUUGAACGGCAAGACUGUCUACCAGCCCAUCCAAGUCAACCCAGAUGCAUGCAGAGGCUACGAAAUCAUCCCAGUCCAGAAAAACAAGACCUACCGCAUUCGUGUGAUCGGAGCAACCGCCUUCCGCACCCUUGGCUUUGCAAUCGCCAAUCACAACCUGACAAUCAUCGAAGUCGACGGUGAGCCAGUCCUACCAUAUGUAACAUCUUUCUUGGAGGUAGCUUCUGGCCAACGCUUUUCGGUUCUCAUCACAACUGACCAGGACCCAACUGACUACUCAAUUGGUACAAAUCGUCGCUGGACCGACGGUACUGUCCCUGCUACCUCAAAUGGAUACGCCGUCCUACGUUACCAGGAUAAUAUUUCAGAAGCAGCAAAAUCAGCAUCACCAUCACCCAAACGACGAUCACUUUGGUCACGCAAGCUUAAUAACAAUACUCCAACCAAAUCUGAUGCUGUGCUCAAGGUCCCAAAGGGUAGCUUCGUAUUCCCACCAGAAACGAUUGGCUGGAUCUGGGACAAGCUUACUCCUUUCUAUGGCGCCUACCAUGAGACCCGCCGACCGGCUGAUCGAACGAUCGUCUUGCGCUCUACUGAUGAAAAACUAUCAGACGGCAGCACUCGCUGGUUUGUCAAUGGCAUCAGUUUCAAGGACCCGGCCCGCAACUACCUCUCGCAGGUCCUCAACGAGACUCGAGCAGAGCUGGUGGCAAUGGAGGAUGAGGAGCCAGAAUAUGCAAACGGCUAUGAUCCAAAAUCUGGUAUGUAUCCAGUCCGCCAGCACGAAAUUGUCGAUUUUGUUCUCCAGUCAACCCACACGGCAACCCUGCCUUGCCGAAGCCACCCAUGGCACACCCAUGGUCACUCUCAUUGGGAGAUCUCGUACGGAGCCGGCGACUACAGCCAUGAUGAACACGGAGCCCUUCGAUCAGACCACCCUGUCCACAGAGAUGUUACUCUUGUCUAUCCAAGCACAAGCCAGAACUACACGGCGUCUAACCCACCCCCUGCAGACGGAUCGAUUGGUUGCGGAUGGUCCAAGAUCAGAAUAUUUACAGAUAAUCCUGGAAUCUGGGCUCUACACUGCCACAAUACAGCACAUAUGUUCAUGGGCAUGAUGGUCGCUAUAGAAGAAGCCCCUGAGUUGAUUAGAGAAACUGACACAAUCCACUCCCACGAUUAA